CAGGCCACAAUGCUCUACCGCCUCACGCUCGCCGCGCUCGUCGCCUCCGCCGGCGCCUUCAACGCGCCGAUGACCCAGGUCCGCAGCAGCCAGAUGCGCGUCGCGGCGACGCCGUGCAUGGCGGUCGCGGCGGGCGACGUCGAGGACAAGGUCAAGGCGAUCAUCGCGGAGCAGCUGGGCGUGGAGGCCGGCGAGGUCACGCCGUCCUCCUCCUUCACCGAGGACCUCGGUGCGGACAGCCUCGACGCCGUCGAGCUCAUCAUGGCGAUCGAGGAGGCGUUCGACAUUGAGAUUCCGGACGAGGAGGCGGAAAAGAUGACCACGCCGGCCGAGUGCGUCACCGCAAUCCAGGCAAAGCUGUAGACGCACCGCCGCCGCCGUCCGUCUCGCGGGAAGGCGCUCGCGCCAGCGUGCAAAUCGCCGGCCCGGGCGGCCCAUGCCUGUCCAUUGCACGCGUGAGCUCACACCUCGACUCUGGUGACACUGGUGUCGGCUCCGAUGCGCGGGCCCGCGCCGCUCUCUGAAUAUUAUCCCCCCCCGUUGAGCGUUGUCCGCGCGCCUUCGGCGCCCGCCGCGUGCAACCGUGUGUAUCUUUGAUUGAGGGUUUGGCUAAGUACACUAUC